AUGGAACGAAGCAGAGGAGAAGCUUGGAGUCCUCUGGCAACCGUAGAAGAGAUCCAACGGCGCCUCAUCCGACCUUCGUAUCUUCUCUCUCCGCCACUUACCUCAUUUCGGAACGAUGUAAGAAGCCGUGAGGAUUUGCAGACGAAGAAAGAAGCCAAAGUGAGAGAAAUGGAGAACAAGAAGCUCGAAGAUUACUUGGAUCCGGCUCUUCUCUCUGCGGUUUCUUCAAAAAUAGGUCGGCAAAAGAAGGACGGGGAGAUGAAGAAGCUGAAGAGAGAGAUUCAGAAGUUCCAGUGGCCAGUUGAUGAAUUGAAAGUUUUCGUGAACGAUUCGAGGAUGGAGAAGACGAUGGAUUGGAGCAGUGACGAAGUCGUAGAUCUCAAGGACGAUAAUGGGAUUGAUUGAAGACGGGUGUUGAACCUGCUAGGACUUGGGAGGGCCUAGGAUAAGAGUCAUAAGACGAGUGGGUGAAGGAUCAGAUUUGAAAGAAUCAUCGUGAUAACGUACGCCGAGUAUAGGGAAGCACAUUCAGCAUUUCGUUUAGGAUUGAAGAAUUAUAGGUUGCGCGGUAUGCGUAGGAAGUACGUAAGAUUGAAUGGCAGCAGCAGGUAGAAUGAAAUAGUGGACUCCAGUAUAAGCAAAGGUUUAGACAAAUGAAUCGAGACAAUUUGGGCACGAUUUUUGUGACCAAGUGGCUCAUGGCCUUGUCCAUAUGGAGUGAAAAUCUUCGAUACCUGCAUUUACUUUA